AUGAAAUUAGGAUAUAAUGAAAUAAUGAUAACAUCAAUGUAUUUUAAUGAUAUUAAAGAUUUUAUUAAUUUAGAAAUAGGAAUUAAAAGAUUUCAAGGAAAUAUGGAACGAUUUCAUUUUAAUCCAAUUCCAUUAAAUAAAUAUUCAAGAAAAUUAUUUACUAAUAUUGAAACAUUUCAUAUUUAUAAUGAAUAUGAUAAAAUAUUUGAUGAUGGAAAAAUAUUUAAAAAAAUAAUAUGGUACAAAGUAGAAUAUUGGAGAUAUUUAUUCGAAAAAAAACAAGGAAAUAUCUGUAAAAAUAUAGAAUAUACAAAAGAAGAUAGAAAAUCAUAUGGAAAUACAAUACCAUCAGAAGUUAAAUCACUUGGAUAUGAAUGUUUUGAUGAAUGUAAAUCAUUAAUAUCAAUUAAUAUACCAACAUCAAUUAAAUCAUUUGGAGAUAGAUGUUUUUCUGAAUGUAUAUCAUUAAAAUCAAUUAACAUACCAUCAUCAGUUAGUUUUAUAAGAUAUGGAUGUUUUUCUGGAUGUACAUCAUUAACAUCAAUUAAUAUACCAUCAUCAAUUACCAAAUUAGGAAAUUGUUGUUUUAAAGAAUGUCUAUCAUUAAAAUCAAUUAAUAUACCUUCAUCAAUUACUAAAUUUGGACGUAGAUGUUUUUGUGGAUGUGGAUGUGAAGAAGAAUUAAAGAAAAAUGAAAGAAUACCAAGAAAUUGUUUUAACAAAUGA